AUGGGCUCUGGAGAGGAGAUAAUGGGUGCUUCGGUUACUCAGAAGAUGGAAGAACUUGGUGUGCAAGACCAGAAGGUCACUCCUUGGGAAGUUGCAGGCGCUGUGGAUGAAAAUGGUGUUGCUAAAGUUAUUGAUUACGACAAAUUGGUUAAACAAUUCGGUACUAAGAGUAUUUCGGAAGAAACUCUGCGUCGGUUUAAAGAUGUGACUGGGCAUGAGCCUCACCAUUUCCUGCGGAAAGGUGUGUUCUUUAGUGAGCGUGAUUUUAACAAGAUUUUGGAUCUAUAUGAACAAGGCAAGCCGUUCUUCCUGUACACUGGGCGUGGUCCUUCGAGCGAUUCAAUGCAUUUAGGUCAUAUGAUCCCCUUUAUAUUUUCUAAGUGGUUGCAGGAAGUUUUUGAUGUUCCAUUGGUUAUUGAAUUGACUGAUGAUGAGAAGUUCUUGUUUAAACAUAAAUUAACUAUUAAGGAUGUCAAGAAUUUCGCUCGCGAAAACUGCAAGGAUAUCAUAGCUGUUGGUUUUAAGCCUGAAAACACUUUUAUCUUUUCAGAUCUGCAGUAUAUGGGAGGUGGCUUCUAUGAGACUGUUGUGAGAGUUUCUAGGCAAAUAACUGGUUCUACUGCGAAAGCUGUUUUCGGGUUCACUGACUCGGACUGUAUUGGUAAAUUCCAUUUCGCUUCUAUUCAGAUUGCCUCGGCGUUCCCCUCCUCUUUCCCCGAUGUUCUUGGCUUGCCAGAAAAGACUCCUUGUCUGAUACCAUGUGCCAUUGAUCAGGACCCAUACUUUAGAGUCUGUAGAGAUGUUGCUGAUAAGCUGAACUUCUCGAAGCCUUCGUUGAUUCACUCCAAGUUCUUCCCAGCUUUGCAGGGCUCUACCACGAAGAUGAGUGCUUCAGAUGACACCACGGCAAUCUUCAUGACAGAUACGCCAAAGCAAAUCCAAAAGAAGAUUAACAAGUACGCUUUUAGUGGUGGACAAGUUUCAAUCGAAGACCAUAGAAGACUUGGUGGAAAUCCAGAUGUAGAUGUUGCCUACCAAUACCUAUCCUUCUUCAAGGAUGACGAUGAACUACUGAAGAAAUACUACGAUGACUACAAGAGCGGCAAUCUAUUAUCUGGUGAAAUGAAAAAACUCUGUAUAGAAACAUUGCAAGAUUUCGUCAAGGGUUUCCAAGCUCGUAGAGCCGAAGUAGAUGACGCUACUUUGGAUGCAUUCAUGAAGCCACACAAACUUGUUUGGGGCCAAAAGGAGAGGUUGGUGGCACCAAAGCCGAAGGAAUCCAAAAAAUAA